CCGAUUUCGAUAGGUGACCUACAGGACUUGACUUACCUCACCUACCUACCUUAGCUGGCAUUGGACUCUAUCUCUCUCAUCUGCCUCCCAUAACUUCCGCCUGUUCCAUUCUCUCCGACCUCAACACUCGCUGUGCGCGAUUACCUCCUCCGAACUCCCUCCUCAUCUGCCGUCCGCAACGACAAUCGCAAUCGCAGUAUGAGGAACUUCCUCGGCAAGCACAGCAACCGGUCAUCGCAUGCGCUCGGUGAGCCGCGAAACUCGUCCAAGACGCCUGCGGCUUCAACCCCGACGAACAACAGCCAGACUCCGACAGGCGGUAGUGCUGCGACACCUCAAGCGGCAGGCCACCAGCGUCAACCAAGCCACCAGGCUCAGCAGCUCCAACAACAGCAGCAGAUCCAGCAGGAUCAACACUAUCAAGUUCAGCAGCACCAGCAACUCCUUGACGAGGCAGACUCAGCCUCCCACGGCGCCCACUUCGGCCAGUCGCACUCGGUCGGUGCCAAUGCCAACGCUGCCAGUGCUAAUGCGAGCGCCAACAAUCCUUCCAGCAUAAACCCCCAUUCAGCCUUGUCCUCGUCCCAUAAUACCGCCUUCAGCUCGAGCGAGUCCUUUGAUUCACAACAGCCGCCUCCCCCCUCUCACUACCUGCAGAAUCAACAGCCGCCGUUACAUCUCCAACAUCCCCAGCAGCAGCCUCAAGGUUCUCUACCGUUACUGCCCUCCCCCUCCUCCGCCUCCGCUGGCGCCCCUCCCCCGCCGCAUCCCUAUAGCUCGCCUUCAGCCGCCAGUAGCACAACCGGUGCUAACAUUAAUCAACAUCCUCCUUCAUUACAGCAGCAGCAGAGUUCCAACCUUUCUAACGUCGCAUUUGAUCCUCAUCAGCAACAGAGCGAAUUUAACGACGCGGGCCUGGGCCGUUCGCAGAGUAUCCGUUAUAGCGCUGCCACGCCUUACAACCUCCAGACCUCAUCCGUAGAGGACCUGAACCGUUACGGCCAAAUUCCACCCCAGCAGCUACAACAGCAGCAACAGCAGCAGCAGCAAGCACAGGCACAAGCACAGGCACAAGCACAACAGCAAACAGCUCCUGCUGAGAAGCGCUCGACUCGAAAAUUGAUUAAGGGCAUAUUUUCUGGGUCCAAUCGUGGGGCGUCUGACGGCCAGCACCACCAUAGCAUAAGCAUCGGCCACAAUAACAACCAAUCCUACGAUAAUACUGGCGGCCUUGCACGUCGGCCUUCCAAGCGGACUUCACGAAUUUCGCUCCACAACACCAUUCGCCAAGUUUCUGGUGAAGUAGACCAACAGCAACAUCAGCAGCAGCAACAGCCUUACGAGGACGCCGCCUAUCACCAGAACCAGAGCCAGGCCCCGCUACAGCAGCAGCAGCAGCAGCAGCAGCAGCAGCAGCAGCAGCAGCAGCACCAACAGCAGCCGCAAACCCACAUUCAGGUACAUACGGAGGACCAACAACCACAAAGCGGUUACGAGACGAACGUGUACGACCAGCAACAAUCACCUCUCAACCCAUCACAGCAUUCGCCUUCGCAACAGCCUUAUCAGUUCUCAAACGCUCAGCAGCAAGGCAACUAUCACCAGGGUGGUAAUCAAGGUGGAGAUCUACGAUCAGCUCCCGCACACUUGGGCCCCAGCGCACAGUUUCAGAACCCUGAAACAGUCUCUCAGUUCUCGCAUGAAUCGCCCAUCGCCGACUCGGACCAGCGUUCGGCCAAACUGCAAUCAGCAACCAACUCUCCCGCUGUGAACCACGCCCUGUAUAUACAGAAUCAAGGUUCAACCCCGAGCCUUCCUCCUGCUCAACAAACAACUACCCAACCGCAGCAACCCGGUAUGGCACCACCGACCGGAGGACCUCCAUCCGCGCGCCGUCCUGACUCCGAUAAAUUGCGUGGGCAGGCCGAUGUCCCCGGUGGCCCGCCCCCCACUUACCGUCCCGCCAACUCUAUGAACAACAUGAACCCGCUGCCUCCCGUGCCGCCACAGUCGGCUGGCCAGUCACCGGCCUACCGUGGCGAUCGCCCAUCUCCGUAUGAGGGUCAAACCGUGGAUCAAGGAAGGGACAGCCCCCAGCCAGUAUCUGCAGUCCCCGCCGAGGCUGGCGAAAAUGACAAGUCUUUCAAGGACCUGUUAACUAAGUACAAGAACGUCAAGAGACUCUACUUUGAUGGCAAGGGACAGAUUGAGGCGCUCAAUGGUCAAAUCGUGCACCUCCAGAAUGCAGUCGCCAACCAGCGCAUGUCGCAAUCGCGUACCGCUCUCGAUGACAGUGAAUACUCGACACGAUUCAACCGACUCAAUGGUGCCAUUAACAACCUUUCGUUCAACAUUCGAAAAGAUUGGCGGUGCGUGCCGCAAUGGCUUGACAAGUAUGUCAGCACAGAAGCACUCAAGACGGGAAAGGCUGAGAUGACAGCUAUUGGACGCGCUGUCAUCUCACGUUGGAUCAUGGAGGAGGUGUUCAACAAGUGUUUUCACCCUGGACUGGAUGCGCAGCUGAGCCAAUCUCUCAAGGAGAUUGAGCUGGGCAUUCGAAGCAACACGCAUACUUUGACUAGUCAGGAAGAGUUCGACGCCCUGACGAACAAGAUUGUGAGCUGGCGGAUGACAUCAUUGGACGGUUUGCACCGACAGCUUAACUCACCAGCUGCGAACGAUAAUCGCAAUGCAUUUAUCGCCAAGUCAACGGCAUCCCUGACAAGCUGUCUUUACCAGUUCCUUUGCAACCCGCCACCACCUGGCGUGGAUGGUAGCGCAUCGAUGAUCGUGGAGCUUGCGGUGGGCAUUGCAGCCAACCUCCCCCUGGAGAGUCGGGAUGUAGCCAUUACCUACCCGUUACCUGGAGAUAUCGUCCAGCCGCAUGUAAUGGAAGUUGAAAAGGCGGCCUUGCCAGUCUUGGAGGCUCAGAAGGGAGAGGGAGAGGGCGACGACAAGGACGGCGACGAUGAAAAGAGCGGCAAAGCUAAGACUGGUACGUUGAAUAAUGCAGCCCCGCCCGAGAGCGGGGAGGGUAACGAUGCUUCAAAGAGCGCAAGGAAGGAUGCUGACAAGGACACUUUUGUAGCGGCCCUGCCGAAGGACUCGAACAGGGUGCGAUUCGCAGGAUUUAUGGCGUUGGAAGUACGAGGAAGACAAGUUCUGAUGAAGGCGCCUGUCUGGACUUUGUGAGGACAAGUACUUUGAGUAUUGAUAACUCUAUUACGAUGAAGCUCAGGGAAGCGAGAAAUGAGCGCCAUGCGUUGGGUGAAUGGCGAGGCGACAGUAGAUAUCCGGAGAGAGAAUGAGGGCCCGAGAGUUGACUGGGAGGUCAUAAGGGUUUGUGGCAACAUGACCCGAACAGGGCAAGAUGGGACAAAGGAUCACGAACGGCAUGAUGAUGGUUUUUUUUUUUUUUUUUUUUUUUUUUUUAGGGAUACUGGAUGCGGAUCCUUAUUUUGUUCUGUGUAAAUACAUGUUACCAUGAGACGAGCAGUUCAUGAUGCGACAAGGAUUUCCCUUUUGGCAUCUGGCUGCAUAUACAAAUUAAGUUUAGAGUCAUGAAAA